GUUUUAUGCUUAUUACUUGUUAUUCUGCCUUCGAUUUGUUCUGUAGGUGCUUGUGCUGCCGGAUGGAAGUGUUCCAUUUGUUAUCGUGUUGUCCCGCGAAUUAGUAAUUUUUUUCCGUUUUGUGGCCAUGAUUUUUCACUCGAAACAUUUUGAUGUCAGGGCGUAUCAAGGAGGCGUCCCCUUAUCCCAGUAAAAGCGCACGGCAGAAUGGAAUCUGUAGGUAUGGCGUUAGGCCUAGUCACCAUGCCUUGCGUUCUUCGCAAGUUUUUUGUGCAUCUCUGACACGCUGCCGGGAAUCACUAUGAGUAAAAGCUGUCUAGAAGUAGCUGCAGAAGCUGCUGAACGAGUGAACGCAAUGCUGGUUGCCAAAGGCAAGUUAAAAAUAAACGGCAUAUCGGGGCGGAACUCUGGGGAUCUGUUCACAACAGAAGUUGAAAUCAACGAUGCACCAUUGGCAGCAAGAAAUGUUCUCACGAAAGGACUAUUUCAAGAAGAGAUCUGCAGGACUACGCGUGCUGUUCUCUCCACGAGAGGAAGGUACAUGAAUAAUGUGGAAAAGAUGAACGCAUCAUCGGCGGAACGGCCCCUCUACAUCCACAUUCAGGCUCCACAUAUUGAUGCCAUUGAACGUGCAAUGUGUCGCAUCAAUUCAAUCAUUGCUGAGCACUCAAAGGAUGGUGCGGAGCAACAGGCGGACGAAUUCACUGGGACGACGUACACUGAUCCCUGCCUUACAGCCAAUACUCUCCUCACGACAGGGCACCAUCACUACGUGCAAGACAAGAUCUACGUUGGCCUGGAGCAGGCGCCUGCUGCUUACCCCAUCCAAGAGAAGAUCAUGGGACCAAAUGGUUCUUACCUGGACCACAUCAACGUAACGACGGGGGCUACGGCAACGCUGCGGGGGAAGGGAUCCGGCUUCAUUGAACCCACUUCAGGGAGGGAAGCCUUUGAGCCGCUCCAUAUUCACAUUACGCAUCCUAAUAUGGACGGCCUUCAAGCUGCCAAAACACUGGCCAUCAGCCUGAUUCAAACGACCCACCAAGACCUUGCAGAGUGGCAGCAGCAGCAGCUGGCAAGUGUGGCACUGCAAUCAGCUGUUUCGAUUCAAGCACCCAGGGUGGCGUCCACGGCUAAUGUGUUGGGGCUAGGCCAGGCAGUAUUUCAACCUAUGGUGUCUGGCACAGAGAUGAGAGCUCAAGGUAUACUGGUCGGCGCAGUUGGCAACACUUCGGCAUCUAUCAUGGUCCCCGUGUCGCUGACGUCCAGUCUUCCAUCGAAUGUGAGCUACGUCACGGCUCUGCCGCAGACGCAAGCCGUCGUCUACCCGACGUCCCAAGUCCUCGCCCACGCCGUGAUUCCUCCGCAGUCCGUAGCUGCGCCCACGAUGGUGCCGCCCCCUGUGGUGGUUGCGCAGGCCGCCACCCCGACCAUGGUGCCGCCGCCGAGCAUUGCCGUGCCGCAAACUUUGACCGGCUUGGUGCAGACAUCCGUGGUGCAGCCCACCUACGUGUCUACCUCCGUAGCUCCACCCACGUUGGUCUCCACGUCUCUAGCGGGUCCCACGUACGGUGCAGCGUCCGUCGCUCCGCCCACUAUGGUGUCCAUGUCCGUGCCGCCGCCGUCGUUGGCUUCUGUGGCGCCCCCCAUGAUGGUACCGCCUCCAGCUGUGCCGCCUCCUACGUUGCAACAAGCUCAACAGCAUGUUGCUAUGGUGCCUCCGCCAGCGUAUAUCGCGCCCACUGUUUACCCACAUCUUCGGCAACAGUACGCCCAGUAUGCUGCAGCAAAACAGAGUUACGACACUCCUCCGCCCUCUACAACAGCGCAGCAGCAGCAGGCUCCGCCUCAGCAGCUGCAGCAGUCAACACCCCAGCAGCUGCAGCAGCCUGCCCCUCAACAGCUUCAGCAACCGCAGCAAGCUCAGCAACAGGUGCAGGAGGCGGCGCUUCCAUUACCUCUUCAGCACCUACAUUCUCCUCCGCCUCAGCUACUUUCACCCUCACAGCCCGUGCAGUCCACUGCAGCCGCUACAUCUUCCAUCACCACUGUCAUCACAACUUGCACGACGGCUCUGUCUUCUCAGCCGGCAUACCAGUCGAGCAACUACAGUGCUUCUGUGACUGAUGACUGGAGGUUCCGCGUUCCCCCUCCACCAUUGCCCAUCUCGACUUCAAAAACAUCCCCUUCGCUACCUCCUUCAACACAGGCGGGGCCACCGGUAUCAACCACCACUCCAUCCUCUUCAACAACUACCACCACCUCCGCGUCAACAGUCGGUGACAGUCACAUGAACGGCAUGCUGUACUACCGAAGCACAUUACCCAGAUCGAAGUCCUCAUUCCUAAGCAGUUACCGCCCUCCUCCAGUGACGUCGUCUCCAACAACAUCAUCACCAUCUCGGACGACGGCCUCGUUGUCUACGGCGGUGCUGUUUCGUGUCCCACCUCCACCGUUGAGGAGCAGGCCUGCAACUGGCAAGGCAGAUUGGGACCUAAUGCCCCCACCGCGCGCACCGCUGAGCAGUGCGGGUCAGCAACCUUCAGGAGGAGUCACAAGUACGGCGGCGUACAGUGCCAUGAAGCGGCCUUCAGACAGCACAACAGAAUAUGACUGGAAAAGAAUUCGGGGUGCAUUGUGAGGUGAGGUUUGCUUGGCUUGCCUUGGCUUGGCUUUCAAAUGUCACCUGCACCAAGCAGUAUGGAUAUGUACAGUUCCUCUUUUAUUUCUUUCUGUAUUUUUGUGGACUUCUCUUUUGGACUACUGGGAUCCACUUGUGAUUUACAGAGUUAAGGUCAGAAUUGCCUGUGUUGUACAUAAGGACUUCGCCACUUUCGUAAGUGGCAGUUCCGUGUGACGUUGUAGUGCAACAUGGUUGCCUUUCUGUUUUAUGUCAAUCGCGUAAGUUCUAUUUAAGUUGUGGGCACGCGUGAGCUGGUGACAAUUUGGAAAACAAUUGAUGUAAAUGUCUCCUAUUGCUCAGCAUCUUUGUGUAUUUUUGAUCAUUUGUAAAUAAAAAGUAUAAUAUACAUAA